AUGGACACCACCGCCUCCAAUGAGCACGGCAGCGCACCGCCGGCGACAUUCACCUACACCCAGAGUCCCGGUGAGAACAACAACGGCGGAUCCUGGAAUGGCAGCUCGGUGGUCGCUGAUGCCUGCAAGGGGAAGGACGUCGUCCCGAAUGCCCAUGGAGGAGAACUUGGCGCGGCCGGCGGCAGCCACACCAACGCCGGCCUGUCCAAAGGUAAGCACUCAGCAGCGGCCGUAACUGCAGCCGACGUUGCCAACGACAACUUAUCGAAGGGUAGGAGCUUGGCUGCUGACGCUGGCGCCACGGUCGGCGGCAGCAGUGGGGGCGACAAGGCGCACAUCAUCACUGAGCGGGAGCGGCGCAAGCGGAUGAAGAACAUGUUCAGCAGCCUGCGCGCGAUCCUCCCCCACGUUCCCGAGAAGACCGACAAGGCGACCUUAGUGAGCGAGGCGAUCGGCUACAUCAGGGUCCUGGAGGACACGGUGGUGAAGCUGGAGAAGCGAAAGCUGGAGCUCGAGUUCGCGCGGCAAGCCGCCGCCGCCGCCACCGCCGAGGACGGGGCCACCUCGUCGUUGGCGCCACAGCAUGCCGCGCAGGGGGGCGCCAUGUCUUCGGUAGUCUCGCAUGGCUCCGACUGGCAGCAGCAGCAGCAGCCUGUGGCCGCGUCAGUGCCACUACCGGCCACUGCGGUGACCGUGGCGCCAGUCGGGUUCCAUACGUGGUCGGGGUCGAACGUCGUGCUGAGCGUAUCGGGCGACGACGCGAACAUCAGCGUGUGCGCGCCGCGGCGCCCCGGCGUGCUGACGUUGGUGUUGUCCGUGCUGGAAAAGCACCGGAUCGACGUGAUCGCGACGCAAGUCGCGUCCAAUGGCGUCCGGAGCAUGUUCAUCAUCCAUACCCAUUUUAUUGAAGUUGAUUCUACUGGAAUAGCAAUGGAAAUAGUUCAUUUUCCUCACAAUCUUGAGGGAUCGGACCUGAUCUGCACUAAAUCCAAAGGGAGAGAUGACUAG